AUGGAGUUGCCACUAUCUCGAAGCACGGUCACUGUGCGGAUCAUUGACACGACAAGUCGUAUUAUUGUCCCAAAUGAUUUCACUGAAUCCACCAUCAAGGGCGCAGAAUUCCUCGACUGCCCUGCAUUCUCUUUCCUGAUCGAACAUCCCAGUGGACGCCGACUGCUGUUCGACCUCGGCUUGAGACCAGAUUACCAGAACCUGCCUCCUAUUAUCCAGAAAUAUUUCAGUGAGAACGACGCGAAGGUUUCAGUUGAGAAAGGAGUCAGCCAGUUGCUGGCAGAGGAUGGGGUUGACCCCAGUUCGAUAGAGGGAAUCAUCUGGAGCCACUGGCACUACGAUCAUGUUGGAGACCCGUCCACUUUCCCAUCGAAUACCGCAUUGAUUGUGGGACCAGGAUUUCGCGAAACCUUUGUUCCAGGCUAUCCAUCGAAUCCCGGAUCGCCUAUCUUGGAAUCGGACUAUACUGGGAGAGAACUCAAGGAGGUCGACUUUGCCAAUGAUGAGAACAGGACGACAGUGGGAAAUUUUAAUGCCAUCGACUAUUUCGGUGAUAGGAGCUUCUAUAUCUUGGAUGCACCAGGUCAUACCAUCGGACAUCUCUGUGCCCUAGCCCGGACAACCGCGGACCCAGAGUCCUUCAUCCUAAUGGGGGCUGAUGCUUGCCACCAUUCCGCCGAAAUGCGACCCUCUAGAUGGCUCCCACUGCCCUCGAAGAUAAGCCCGCAUCCAUUGGAACCAGAUUCUCCUGGGCCUUGCCCUGGCUCCAUCUUUGAACAUAUGCUUCGAAAUGGUGAUAGCAAAAUCCCCAUAUAUGGGCAAAAACGGCCUGGCAUGAUAUUUUCUAAUCCUGAUAUUGCUGAAGAGACCAUUGAGAAGCUGCAGGAGGCUGAUGCUAAGGGAAACAUCUUCGUGGUUAUCGCACAUGAUUCCCAUCUGAAAGGAACUGUGGAUUUCUUCCCAAAAUAUGCCAAUGACUUUUUACGCCAGGGCUGGGACGUCAAGACAAAGUGGAAGUUCCUUUCAGACUUCAAGCAAGCUCUGCUUGGGGAGGAGACACACUCUCCAUAA